AUGGCUCCCAGAACAGUCUAUACGUUUGGAGGCCGCUACAAAAGCAUUGCUGCUGUCGAAGAUGCGCCAUUCGCGGAGUUCAUCUCUGUGAGAGAAACUGGCCUCAAACUCAACGUCGUCCACCCGGUCCCUGUUGCGUAUCUGCGCGAUCUGAACUCUCGUGAACGCGAUGCGGUCCACAAGCACAUCACUUCUCAGCUAUUCAGCAACAGCUACAAAGACGUCGGAUUUAUUGAAGCUGCAGAAGAGACCUUGGGUCUAUUGGAGACAGUCCAACAGGAUAUGGACUGUGAUCGCUCGACCACUGCGGACCUAACGACCACGGAUGCGACCAGCAACCGAACAUACCACACGGCAAGAGAGUACAAAGAGAGCCGCAGCUCCAAUCGCUCGAUGGACCACUGGGACGGUGAAUCUCAUAAUACGCGUGGCGUACAACCGGAAUCCUCUAAGCGUCCUCGCGAUAUAGAUGCCUGGAAGAGAGAAGUCCCGCGUGGCCACGCUCCGCCAUCGGUUAGCCAACCAAGCUCAUGUCUGCAAUCCAGAAGUUCAUCAAGCUCCAGCAGGAUGCGAAAGCCGAGCAGGCACACCGACUUCCUCAAGGACGCAAAGCUCGACGAGAAGACACGCGUUUUAGUCGUGGAGCACAGCGCUGCAAGCCGCGAACUGGCGCUUCAGGAAGAGCAUCUUGCCAGUCUCGAGUCGCUUGCUUUGACCGUCACCAGCUCAGCUGCGCGGCGCGAUCUAUACGGCGCCAUUCGGAAAGCUCGCAGUGCAGUCGAGAAGGUGCGCGUGCUCGAACGCAAGUGCAAGGGCGCCUUAUCUGACUCCCGCGCGCUCGUAGUGGAUGCUCUGGAGCUCGCUGAUGAUCUUUGGGAGACGUCAGAAGCGGAUGCGGAAGAAGCAUCAACAGUUUGUUCGCCGACAACGGUUUCUUCACGGACAACCGGUUCUUCGCGGACAACCGGUUCUUCCCCGACACAGCGGAGCACAUCUACUGCGCCAUCGGAACAGAACUCUUUGGUGCCGGCCCGCUUUCCCUCUGCCUCGGAAGUAGUUUCACUGAAGCACGAACUGCAAGAGAUCGACGACAGUCUUUCCGAGUCGAUGAGGACUUUAAACCAGGUCAUCACUCAAUCACGUUACCGAGAGGACGUGAUCGAAAGCAUAGACCGCGCGCGGGCAUGCCUCGACAAAGUUCACAUCAGAGGAGAGCGCUAUUCGGGCUUGGACUACGAAAAGAUACGCAAAUUCGGAUUUGCAACGCUUGCCAUUGCGCGGACAAGGCACGAGAAAGCUAUGCGCGUUCUCGAUGCAGCCAAACGGGAGGAACGUCGACCAGACGGCCCAAAUCAAGCAAACGGUAGUGGAAGAGCGCGCGAAACCAAGCGCGAAGAGCCUUUGCGAGUGGAAGAAGAGUUCGAUCGGACUGUCUAUCAUUUCUCGCAAUUUGAGUCAAUGGACUCUGGGGAGCUUCUGCGUCAGCAACAAGAGGUUCUUCAACAGGUUGCUAACUACCGUGCCGCUGAGGCGUACAACAGACGCCGUCAAAUGGGUCAUAGCUUGUAUGACCAAUUUCUGCAGGCAGGUGCACCUGAUGUUUACGGGGAGUCAAGUUCGUCGUCGUCGGAUUUGCCGCCACCUCCGUUCCUGGAUAUGAGUCAGUUCUGGGACGCUUGGGAAUAA